AUGAACUUUAAUGAGAAUCUUAACACAUCUCUCUUUCCACUUCCAGAUUCGUCCUCUUUCAGUGUGGACAUCAUACAGGUGAAGCAGGAAGACCCAGUACAGGUGAAGCAGGAAGUCCCGGUACAUGUGAAGCUGGAAGACCCAGUACAGGUGAAGCUGGAAGACCCAGUACAGGUGAAGCUGGAAGACCCAGUACAGGUGAAGCUGGAAGACCCAGUACAGGUGAAGCUGGAAGACCCAGUACAGGUGAAGCUGGAAGACCCAGACGAGUCAGAGUUUUGGUGCAUGCAGGAAGAUCCAGAGAUGUCUGGGCGUGUAGAUGCUAGUCACCGAGUUCAACUUACUUUCAACAAACUAAAAGAAGAAACUGAUCGUUACUGUGGAAAUGUGGAAUUGUUACCUUCAGAGCAUCCCAUACAAACUCUCAAAAGUGAAGAUUUGAAGACUGAAGAGGCCAUUGAGGAACAGAGCAUGGACAGGAAGGAUCACAUAAAAGUCUGUUCUAAUAGCAUCUCAAACCAGACCACCCACAUGCAGACAAAUCAAGUGUCUUCUACCACAGCUCAACUUGUCAGCACAGUUUCUGAACUGGCCAUGAAGGGUCAAUGUGAAAACUGUCUAAUUCUUGCCAAAGUCAGAGAAGAACUCCAAAUACAGAUUGCAGUUCUUCAAAACCGAAUUCGAGCCAUUAUUUGUACAAAAGUCUCCCAGCACUCAGUCUGCUCUCCACAUUGUGAUCUUGAUUAUGAGAAACUUCUCAAAGGCUUCCACAAGAAUUGCUUGGGUAAAAAUCCACUAUGCAAGGCGAGCGAAAACACUACACAGAAGGUCAAUCAUGUGAGAGAUUUCAUUCUCCACAUGACAAAAGGAUAUCCUCCAAUCAAAACAUUACUCUUUUUGGACAACACGGAGCGUAUUAAUGAGUGGGUGGUGACCCUUCAGAAUGGUAACAUGAAUGUCAGACACUACUUACUGGAUGUAUUGGCCUUCCUGAAGUUUUUAAACCGAACAAGUCGUCCAAUCGCUCACCUCACACGACAUUCAAGGAAUCGCAUUUCAAGACAACUGAGACAAAAGCUAAAAAACAUUAACACUCUCAUACAAUCCCACAAAUGGGCUCUCAAGGACUCUGGAAACAAUCCUUCUACACCGAAGCGACGUGUAAACAAGAGCACUUCUUGAGUGCAGGGCUGUGCCUCACUGCAUGUGAUGCUGACAUGUCCACAUGUAACAUAA